AUGGAACGGUCAAAGCGCGUUGGGGCCUUCUGGGCUCUCAACCUGUCUCUUCUUCCAACUGUACUGGCAGCCGCCACUUGCAGCGAGCUAUCCGGCAGCAUUUACACCGGCCCUAACAACAACAAAUUCGAUAUUCUAUGCGAUACUUCUACAGUUGGCGGGCACAUCACUGCCUAUUAUUCUCAGGGAGAUGAGUUUCAAGAUUGCGUGGAUCGAUGCGACGAUGACGAUACUUGUCUUGCUGCAUUGUUCCUCAGCUCAAGCGGCGACUGUGCUUUGAUAGACACCUUUACGAGCACUAGGUCGUUCAGCGGCAACGAUCUUGCUAUUAGGACGGUAGUGCCUGAGACGACGUCGACCGAGGCUACUACUUCUGAGGCUCCUACAUCAACAGAUGUUACUACAUCAGAGGCCACGACAUCUACGGAGGCUACUACCUCGACAGAAGCCACUACUUCAACUGAAGGUACUUCGACAGAAGCUACUACAUCAGUGGCUAGUACUGCAGAGGCUUCAACAUCGGAAGCUGCUACAUCUCAGGCAACAACAUCAGACACAUUAACGAUAUCAGCGACGUCAGAGACCUCAUCGAUAUCUUCAUCAUCUGUAUCAGCAGAAGAUACAACAUCAGGAUUGGCAUCUACAUCAGAGACCUCCGCCUCUGGGGAGUCCACUACAGCUACUACCUCAACUACAGAGUCAUUGUCCACCAGUACCUCCAGUGCUGAGACAUCAACUGACGAUUGCGAUGAUGAAACGUCGUCCCUUGAGACCUCGGCUACUGUGACUACAUCUACAGCAACAGGAUCCGAGAUACAGCCAACGACCUCAACCGCUGACAACCAGAGUUCCCCCACUACAACCAAUGAAUCAUCCGAGGUCUCCACUUCCGCUCCUCCAGCUACCUCAACUGCGUCAUUGUCAUCUUCUCUGACGACAACAGAAGGUCAAGCUUCUCUAUCAACAUCUCUUCCAACCUCUGCUACAGGCCAAACAGGCUCCUCUCUGUCUACGUCUUCAGGUACUACAGUAACUCAGACUCAUACAACCUAUAGCCAGGUAGCCUCCUCGUCUGGUUCUUCGUCUUCUGGAACCAAGGAGGUUGGCUCCAAGACACUUUCGACCUCUGGUGCCACUAUCAUUAAGACAACAUCUGGAGGUCAUGUUGCAACUCCUUACCCUACUGCUUACAACGUCUGGACUGUUUAUCUGACGUUGGUCGAGUAUGUCACUUGCAGCACUGGUGUAGUUACCGAGACAGUUACUACUUCCGAAUAUGUCACUGUGGGCAGUAACGGUGGGAGCUAUGGACCUCCAGUGAUUACAACGCCUGCUGGAUGUAUUGGAGGCUAUCAGGUUGAUGCUAGCGGCCACAGCUAUCCCGUGGCACAACCUACGAAGGAUUCUCCUGCCAACUCACCUGGUGGCGCGUAUAGCCAGCCAUCUGUUCAUCCUGUACCGGGAUCACCAGGCAACUCUCCAUCUGGCCAUGAGACCGGCAAGCCUCAUACUCCUACGCCAGCUUCAGAAUCGCAUGGAAACUCCCAACCAGGACAGGGUGGUAAGCAACCUUCUGUUCCUGGUCACGGCUCUGAUGAGCCCAAUAACAGCGAGCCGCAGCAGCCACAAGGUGGUGCUACCCAGACAGUUAUCUCUGCAUACCAGUCUGGUGCCUCAGUAAAUCCUUCACCAUCAUCGGCUAUUCAUCAGGGCCAGCAAGGCAUCUCAACAACUUUCACUACCGAAGCAAGCGUUACCGGGGAGGCCAAGUCCACGCACAGUGGUUCAUCGGAAGCUGGAGAGGCACCAUAUACGCCAGUCAGUGUUUCCGAAGCCAACGCACAUCAGUGCAUGGUUUGGACAUUGGCCGCUGGAGCCCUCUUGGGGUUCGGAAUGCUGUUCUAG